AAUUAUCGGUACUAUCAAUUGCGAUCCAGUAAAGCAAAACGCGACGGCAGUGCUCUUAGAAAAAAACAGGAAGAAUUAUCCGAUACCAGGAGUUUAAAAAACCUACUAAUUCGAGAUUGUCAUCGUUUAAGAAAAAUAAACCAAAAAGUCCAAAAAUGUCCAAAAAGCCAGGUACCACUCAAGCAAUGCAUAAGGUUAUAAUGGUUGGAAGUGGAGGUGUAGGCAAAUCUGCUCUUACGUUACAAUUUAUGUAUGAUGAGUUUGUUGAAGAUUAUGAACCUACAAAAGCAGAUUCCUACAGAAAGAAAGUUGUAUUGGAUGCAGAAGAAGUACAAAUAGACAUAUUAGAUACUGCAGGACAAGAAGAUUAUGCAGCAAUUCGGGAUAAUUAUUUCCGAAGUGGGGAAGGAUUUCUUUGUGUAUUUUCUAUAACUGAGGAUGAUAGUUUUCAAGCUACUCAAGAAUUUAGAGAACAGAUUCUUAGGGUAAAAAACGAUGAAAACAUUCCAUUUUUAUUAGUGGGGAAUAAAUGUGAUUUACAAGAAAAGAGAAAAGUUAGUUUAGCUGAAGCUCAAGCCAGGUCACAACAAUGGGGUGUACCAUAUGUAGAAACAAGUGCAAAGACAAAAGAAAAUGUUGAUAAGGUAUUUUUCGACUUGAUGCGUGAAAUAAGAUCGCGCAAGAUUGAAGAUAAGUCAGCAAGCAACGGUCGCGGAAAGGACCGUGCCAAGAGGAAGAAAAAGAAGUGCAAAAUUCUAUAGGUAUUCUUUGACUUAAUGCGUGCAAUAGCUGCACGUAAAGCACAGGAAAACCAAGGAGAUGGAAAUGAACAGAAAAAAAGAAGUUGCUGUAUUUUGCUCUAACAAACAUAAAACAACGCGUAUAGUUGCUAUAAUGGACCGUUCGACUUCUAAUUGCAAAAACCUGAGUAAGAGAAGUGUAUUUAUAUACAUACAUACAUCCAUAUAUACAUAUAAGUGCGUGACAUACACAUACAUAUGCAGAAGGAAGUUUUCUGACACUUUACAGUGAAUUGACAGUAAAAAUAAAUAUGAAGCAAUUGUAUUAAGAACGCAUAAUUUAAAUGUUAUUUAAUAAUUAUCAUAUUAAUAGGUGUAAACUUUGUACUCUUUUCCACUAAACCACUAAAUAAUUAAUUUGUAAUGUACUGGUGCAUAUAAUUAUAAUUCGUAGAUACUACUGUUAAUUUAUGUCGCAAUAUUUAUUAUAAUGCAAUAACAGUAACAAAGUUUUUAACAAUGCACAAAAUUACAUUAUAUAUAUAGAUGAACCCAUUUCAAAAUUUUUCAUUACCACUAGAGUGCUGAAAUAUAUAUAGUUAUUUAAUUAAAUGCUAUAAAAAUGAAAGGAAGAACAGAAAAGGUGAAGGAGAAAGAUUAAUGUGUAUGUAUAUGUACAUGUUCAUGCAGUGUAUGUUCAUGUAUGUAUACAUUAUACAUGUAUACUAAGCACAAUAUUUCGUGAUGAUUUAAUGAUGGUUAACAAAAAAAAAUGUUGCAAAUAUUUAUUAUAGGAACACUGUAACUGAUUUUAUUUGCAAAUAAAAUUAUUAUAUAUUCAUUGGUGUAUUUUGUAUGUUUCUUUGAAUCCUUGGAUGAUUUCAGCACUCUUGCUUUAUGUUAUCAUUUAUUAAUAAAAUGUUAAUAUUUUCGACUUGCUUAAAUUUGUUCUAGAAUGAGACAGUCACAGCACUGUAAAGUACAGAAGACAUACAUGUGGUAAUUAAUCCACAGUUUAUUUAUCAUUUGUAAUAUGUUAUAAGACUAGUUUGCAAUAUACAGCUAUGUACAAAUGUAAUACAAUUUAUUAUUUUCAUAUUAAAAUAGCUUUGUAUCUCUUCUGAACAAGCAAAUAUAAAUAGAAUAGUUAUAUUUACAUCUGAGAAAACAACAAAAAUGUUGAUUCUGAUUUUCAGAGAAAGUAGUUCUAUUUUGAAAAAUAAUAUAACUUUUUUUCACCUUUAACCUUUUUAACCUUUGGUUAAAAAGAUCAUUAAAUAUAAAUAUAGCACAAGUCAUUAUUCAAAAAUACAUAUUCUUAUUAUUAAGCAAGUAAUUAAAAUGUAUACAAAAUAUUGUGUCUAUAAAUUAAUGUAUUUCAAUAGACUGAGAACAUUAUUAAUGCUAAUCUAAAAGACUUGAACCUCUAUGAGGUGCAUUUAUUCGUGGAAAAAUAAGAAAAUCUUGAUAUUAUAUUUACAUUUUACACCUAUAUAUAUAUAUAUAUGUAAAAUGUGUGUGUGUAUAUAUAUAUACACACGCGCGCACACACACGCAUGUAGGUACUAUUAAGUACUGAAAUUUUACAAAAUGGUUAUGAUUUGAAACAUAUUUAUUAAAUAACAUUUUAGAGAAUAAGUAAUAUUUUUUCUGCACUUUCCUUUUGAUAUUUUUGUACUAUUGAAAUUAAUUGUGCCUUUUUAAGUGUUCACUAUUAAGAAAUUGAAAUUAAUAAUAUAAUAAAGUUUUUUAAUAUAGCUUAUCAGUGUGUAUAAAUUAAAAAAAUUUCAUCUCAUGAAUAUCUGUAUAGGAGAUAUAUUACAUAUUAUAAUUAUUCAUAAAUGUACGCUAUGCAUAUAAAUAUAAAAUUGUCGCUUUAUCAUAAAUUAAAUCAUUCUUUAUGUAAUUAUCAUGUACUAUCAACACUAUAAUUUAACUAUGUAUCUAUAGCUUUUGCUAGAAUCUAUUUUGUGCAAGUUAGAAGAGCAAUGUUGUAUAUGAUUUUUACACACACAUACAUCAUGCGUCUUAAGAUAAUGAAAAUGUAUUACUAACUAGUAAAUUAGUCAAAUUGUAUGAUGUAAGUAUAUGUAAUGUAAGUGCAAUGUUACAUACAUUAUUUUCUCUGCACAAAGUUAAAUAAAUAAAUAUGAAUAUAAAAUAAUGUAACAAAAAUA